GAUAGGAUGAUGGAGUUUCAAUAGAUAAAUGCAUAUAUCUACCGUCAAAAUCGAAAUUUUAUAUCAGUUUAGAAUAGGCCUCGUGCAAACUUUCUAAUCUUAAAUAGUUUUCCAGUACAUACAUCAAGUUAUAAGAAGAUACCAGUAUUGUCACACCGAAGAUAUAUAACCUGUCACAAUAUUUUUAUUAUAUAUUUUGACAAGGACCUGAGCGGAAAGAAUGUAAAAAAAUGUCAUCUCUACUGUUUUACACUUUAUUUUAUCUUCUGAUGUCUGGAUGUAUCGUCUAUCCGCCUACGGAAUUUGUCUCGGCAGGGCUGACUGUUAAGGACGUCUUCGCGAAUUGGCUUGGUAGUGAGAACGAAUUAUUCGUGCAGUAUCAUAUCAGAAGAAGCGUAACUACAUUACUCCUACAUUCUGUGCUACCUUUGGGCUACGUUCUAGGAUUGCUCAUCUUUGAUCACAUAGAUGCUGAAAAAUUGUUGUUAGUCGAUGGAAAUUAUCUCGGUCCAUUAAUCAUUCUUUGCGUUACAAUUGCUCCGCUUUACACACUAAAUAAAGUCUUCGAAUGGUCUGCACACGACUGGGCUACGCAUCCAAUAGCACAAAAUCUAUCUGUGUACAGUAAUAAUAAUACGCCAUGGACAGCUGUUGCCUCUGAUAUUAACACAGAGUAUCGAAGAAUAGAUAAAAUUGUUAUUAUCACAAAUAGUGUAAGUCGUGUCGUAGCAACAGAUAAUUGGAUCAUUAAAAUCACGCCUUAUAAAUUGCAAGUAGCGCAUCAAAGCGAUGCGACCUUAGUCAUAAAUAAGAGCGACAUUCAUUUCAUGUCGCCCACAACAAGGGAUCAGAUUCAGUUUAUCAAUAUACAGGUGAAACCCAUGCGAGUUAUGGCACAAGAAUUCGACAUAAGAUUAAACGCGUUAGAUUUCAAGGAUUUACAGGACAAAGUUUCACGGCCGAUCGCUAUACCGCACAAUAUAACGUUCCACAGAACUUUGCUCGAUAGAUUUAUCGAUACUUUCAAAGAGGAAGUCGAUAAAAAUCCAUUCUACGAUACUGCCGAGGAGUUAGGUCAAUGCAUCGGAUGCAUGCAAGCGUUGUCGAAUGUAAAAUUGAACAGAUUAUGCAGUAGGGCCGAGUCUAGAGACCUUGACGACUGCAUGACGUGUUAUUGCCGUCCAAUGUGGUGCAUAGAAUGCAUAGCGAAGUGGUUUGCCUCAAGACAAGAUGAAAAUGCACCAGAAACGUGGUUGUCCUCCAAAUGUACCUGUCCUCUCUGCAGAGCACGUUUCUGUGUUUUAGAUGUAUGUCUUGUAAAAAAUUCUAAUUAAAAAUUAAAUGUGAAUUAUUUUUAAUUAUAUUAUGGAAUAAUUUCUAUUUCUAUCAAUCUUAAUACAAAAUAUUUUAUAUACAGAAUAAAGUCUGAUAUUUAUUUAUAAAAAUACAUUCUUAUACGUUUUAAAUCACAUUUUAUUUUCAUAAAAUAAACAUUAUAUAUAUAAAUUAAUAGGAAGGACAACUUUUUUGAAGGAUUAAGAACUAAUAGAAUAAUUCACUUUAUUAUCACAAAAACUGAUAAACAUUCAUCAAAUAUUGAAAAUAUAAAUACGUAUAAAGAUUACUAUUAUAUUUUAUUAUUAAUAAAUACUUACUGAUGCCAUAUCAGAAAUUUA